UUUUGUCGCUAUUGAUUUCAUCUGAGUUCUUAGAUAUGUUACUGGCAAUGCAUCCGUAUGUUGCAAGAUUGGUCAUAUCCCAUGACUCCUGUCCUUGAAAAAAGAAAAGAAAAAAAACAUGCAGGAAUGACAAUCCAGUGAUGCUAUGUUGUCUUCAAAUGUUUGAUGAUUUUGCAAUGAAUGUUCUCUCAAUUUUGUUGAAAUAUUCAGACUAGCACUGGCUUUGAGGAAUGUUUUUGAUGAGCUUUCUUUUGUUUGAGAGCCUUGCAUUCUCUGUCCAAGGCCUCAGACGAUGAGAAAGGAAAAUACGUUACUUGCUGGAAAUGGAGAGCCUACUGGUCGAAUAACACGGGCUCGAGCUGCAGCCUCUCAUCUAGCUGGUGGGAUGCUACCCUUGAAACCACCGCCUGCGAAGCAUGGCCAAAAGCGGGUUCUAUGUGGAAAUUCGAAAAGGGCAGCCCUCAAUGAGAACAACCACAUUGCUCCUGUCACUGUAGCAUGUCAGCAAAAAAGGAGGGCAGUACUUAAGGAUGUCACUAAUGUAUUCUGCGAGAACUCAUAUAGGAAAUGCAUCAGUGCAGCAAAAAUGCAGAUCAAGGGCUUCAAGAAGCCUAAAGCAGGUACUGGCAAGAAGGAUGCCAAGGUGGUUCCUGUUGUUGCUGUAGAACAUACAAAAGUACAAGAGGAUGCAGAGCAAAAGAAAUCUGAAGAAAUGCAGAAGAUGGAUGCUUUGAAGCCACAUGACAUGGCAUUUUCAGUUCAAUUGGAAGAAAAUGUAUUAACCCAAGAAAGUUUGGAGACCUGUAUUGAUGUAGAGAGCAGAAUAGCAUGUGGUGCAGUGAUUCCUCUGCUUGAGAAACAGUGUUUCACAAGCCCUUCAAAGAAAGUUGAAGAGAGCCUUUGUGAGGAACUGGGAAAUUCAAAGGAUUUGGAUUUUAUAGACAUUGAUUCCGAUCAUACAAAUCCUCAAAUGUGCAGCCUCUAUGCCUCUGAUAUCUAUGCAAAUCUACGUGCUGUAGAGCUCAUCCGAAGACCUUGUUCAAAUUUCAUGGAAAAAUUACAGCGAGAUAUCACUCAGAGCAUGCGUGGGAUUCUGAUUGAUUGGCUUGUAGAGGUUGCUGAGGAAUAUAAGCUUGUUCCAGAUACACUUUAUCUUACAGUAUAUAUAAUUGACCGAUUUCUCUCUCACAAUUACAUUGAGAGACAAAGGCUCCAACUGCUUGGCAUCACCUGCAUGCUAAUUGCCUCGAAGUAUGAAGAAAUUUGUGCACCUCGGGUGGAAGAAUUUUGUUUCAUCACAGACAAUACCUAUACAAGGGGAGAGGUAGUAAAGAUGGAGAGCAAAGUCCUUAACUAUUUGGGCUUUCAGCUGUCAACUCCCACAAUAAAAACAUUUCUCAGGAGAUUCAUUCGAGUGGCACAAGCGGCUUACAAGGUUCCGAUGCUUGCCUUGGAGUUAUUGGCUAAUUAUGUAGCAGAACUAACACUGGUGGAGUGUGAAUUUCUCAAGUUCAUUCCUUCCCUCAUUGCUGCAUCUGCUGUAUUCCUUGCCAGAUGGACACUGGAUCAGUCUAACCAUCCAUGGAAUUUGACUCUGGAGCAUUAUACAUCUUACAAGGCAUCAGAUCUGAAAGAUACAGUUCUUGCAAUGCAAGAAUUACAAAUGAACACCAAAGGAUGUCCUCUCAAUGCCAUACGCGAAAAGUAUAGGCAACAAAAGUUCAAAUCUGUGGCGGCAUUGUCUUCUCCAAAACUUCUUCAAACGCUCUUCUGACAACUGACAGUGGAUUCCAACUCUAACAGUCAGUGGACUAGUGAGCUGUCUCAUUAUCUGAAUUUUGGUAACUCUCCAUUUCAUGUGACCUGACAUCUAUUGGUCUCUCUCCAUCCAGUUUUUCUGGUCAAGUUUCUGUUAAUGCUGCUGUUUGUAGCUUUUUAUCAGGAUCUCGUUCUUCCAAACCUUGUAAGAUGAUAAGUUGAAACUAUAAAGCGGAAUGGCUAACUAUUUCAAGCUUUUCAAGCCCAUGUAAUGUCAACUGCCAUUCGGCUGAUAUUAAAGUCGGCUGUAAGAAGGGAAUGUAACUAUGUGGAGGUAAUUUUUGCACCCUGAGUCUCAUUGAGUUUCUAAAUCUACAUUAUACUCUUUUAUUGGGUAA